UCAUAACAUAGAUUAUCUUUCACGUGGCUGAAAUAUGCGUGACUGAAUGAGAUUGAGAUGCCCAUGAAUGGCAGAAGGAAAGUGCAAUGUCGACAUUUCAUACAUGCAUUUGAUAAAGAUGGAAUCGUUCAAUGGUGAUUUCCUAAUGUUCUUUUUGUUGUUUUUAUUGUCCCCAAGACACACAGUCUUAUGGGUUUCACCGAUGUUGUAAAUAUCACGAUUCGAUUUUUCACAGAUCGCCUUGUUUUCAUAUUUCUAAUUGCGGCUUUAAACAACGUUCGUUCAGUCGGCUGAGUUGACGUCAGCAAGAUCUUCAAAGGGUGCCAUUCCUUCAGAUAGCAACUGCAAACAUCAAUGGCCUCAAUAGAAGUAAGAGAAGACAACUCUGUGUUCGAUGACAACUGGCAAAGUGGGAAGUCCCUUGCAGAGUGUAACCUCCAUAUGUUGACCUCUGAGGAUUCUUGUGACGUCAGCUUCCGGGUUGGGAAUAAUGAGAGGAUAGUCUGAGCCCACCGAUAUGUUCUGAUGAGUCGGAGUAGUGUGCUCCACGCCAUGUUGUGUGGCCUCCUGGCGGAGAAAGAGGAAAUUAGGAUACCUGAUGUAGAGGAAGAAAUAUUUAAUGACAUGUUGAGAUUUCUGUAUACAGACACGACAACCCUGACUGCUGAGAAUGUGACAGGUCUGUUGUAUCUGGCCAAGAAAUACGCCGUGGGGGGUCUAGAGCGUCUAUGUGUGGCUUACCUGGAAUCGUCCCUGACGGCAGAGAACGCUUGUGUCAUUCUGGAACAAGCCCACGUCUUUGAUGAGGAAACACUGUUUGAUAGGGCCUUGAAGGUCAUUGUUCAGAAUGGAGAUGUUGCACUAGAGAGCUAUAGCUUCAAAGAUCUGUGUCAAACGUGUUUCCAAAACAUUGUCAGUGCAGUUAGUGGAGAGGAGUAUAUUGUAAAACCGGAAAAAAUGUUUGGUUCUGCCAUCUUGUGGGCUGAGGAAGAAAUAAAGCGAAGGGAAUUGGAAAGCACUCCAGAAAACAAGCGACAAGUUCUUGGGGAGUCAGUGUAUGAGCUUGGCUUCACAUCAAUGGGGAUACAGGAAUUUGCCAAAACGGUAGUUCAAUCUGGAAUAUUAUCAGGCGAUGAAUGUACAAAAUUAUUCUGUUUCUUAUGUAUAUCUGGGACCGACGCAGCACCAUUCAAAGUAAGUCCAGGACCUGCAGUCUCUUUGUAUGGAAACAGGAUCCGCACUGAUCUCAGCGAGUUGGAUUCAUACAUCACCAUCACGUGUAGCCAUAACAUGCGUUUGAUCGGCCUUUGGGCAUUUGGUAGCGACAACAGCAGGUAUAACAUAGUGCUGGAUAGGAAACAGGGAACUCCACGGCGUUGGAUUGAUCAGAUGAGGAUGUCAGCAAAGCCUGUGAGAACUGAUGGGACAGAAGUGGAACUGGAACUGUCAGCACAGCCUACUCUAGAGGCCAACGUUAAUUACAGGUUCCGGACUCACAUGAGCAAUACUACAGGGGGAUGGCUAGGUACUCAACUUAGGAAAGGCAUCACUGUUGGCAAAUGUCAGAUAUCCGUUUCACAGGCAUACGAAGAUGGCAUCAUCUCCAGACUCGUAUUGCGGUUAUGUGAGUUGGGUUAGCGUCAUCACCAGUCUUUGACGCGCCAUAACGUUUAAACUGCUUUUAACGCUGAUAUAUUGUAGGUUUGCUGGAUAAAAUUCAGACUUUGAAAAUGAGGAUCUGUGUGGGUACACAUCAGCAGCCUUUGACACGCUAUUUCGGUUAAAGUUCUUUUAACGCGGUGCGAGAUAUGUUGUAGCUUUGUUAGAUACAGUUUAGAUUUUGAAAAUGGGAAUGUGUGUGGAUAAGAUGUUUGACCUUGCUCAUUAAUUGUUUGAUCGACAUUCUUGAAGUUGGUGAGUCAAUAAUGAAGCAUACAACUUUAUAGAUAACAACUUCUUGU